AUGGGCCCUCCCGUGUCGACCAACGGCACUAGCAAUGGUGUCUCCGGUGGCUCGUCAUCCCCUAUCGCCACUGACAGUGGUCCAUUCAACCUCUCUCCAUCCGUCCUCGAACAAGUACAGUUCUACGAGCCCAGUGGCAAUCUAGCCUACCCAGAUGACAAGGAUUGUGACGCGUCGCGAGCUCGAGCCAUUCAACGCAAGCAGACUUUCGGGCGCCGCAUGCCAAUCGACCGCGAGGAGCUUGUCCGACUCAUGCUCCAGGGCCUCCAUGACAUGGGAUACCAGGAGUCUGGCUACACGCUUGCUUCACGUGCAGCACGGGACUUCGAGAGUGCGAUCUUGGGAGGGCGGUGGGCGGAAGCCACCGCCCUUCUUUCGGCGGUAGGCAUCUCGCCGGUAGAAGACGUCGCAACCAGCACCCCUGAGGCUGGUUCGUCGCGCAACAGCAUUGCUUCGGGCAAGACGAAGGCCACUACCCACGAACACCCUACGGAUCGUGCCAAGUUCUUCAUCGCACGGCAGAAGUACCUCGAGUUCCUCGAGGCCGGGCACCAGAAGAAGGCACUCGGCGUGUUGAGAAAUGAGCUCGCAGCAAGCGCUGCCGACUCCGAGUCUCUUCAUGAUCUCUCUGGGUACAUGAUGUGUUCAGUCAAUGACGACCUCUAUGAACGCGCCAAGUGGGACGGCGCUGCCGGCAUCUCACGUCGGCAGCUCCUUGAGCGCCUGCAGGAGGACAUCUCGCCCAAGAUCAUGGUCCCGCAGCGGCGCUUAGCCACCCUGCUCGACCAGGCGCGGCAACACCAGCAGCUUACAUGCCUCUUCCAUGACGACAACGAGCCCAUUUCGCUCUACAACGACCACGUAUGUGUUAGUGGGACAUUCCCAUCCGUCACUACGCACGUCCUCAUGGACCACAAGGACGAGGUGUGGAGGAUCGAGUGGAGCCCAGAUGGGAAUCUGCUGGCGUCGGCGAGCAAGGACAAGACGGUUGUCAUCUGGCAGCUGAAGCCUCCAUCGGCGGGCAACGGUCAGCAGUACUCUAUCAGCUUCCUGCACCAUCUCACGGGUCACCGCGGGGCUGUGGACGCGAUGGCUUGGUCGCCUGACAGUGAGACCCUUGUGACUGCCUCGGACAAGCAGAUCUAUGUCUGGGACAUCAAGGAGGGCCAGAGGUCGGACGUAACCAUCGAGAACUCUCCUCACAAGGAUGAGAUUAGCGCGGUACAAUGGCUCCCCGACGGAUCCCAGUUCGUCGUCUGCUCACUGGAUCCUAGGGUCGUGUUCUACGACCUCUCGGGAAGUAUUACCCGCAACUGGAGCUUGGGACACAUGCAAUUACGCGACAUUGUCAUCACGCCGGACUGCUCUCGUAUCGUGGCAGCCACCACUUGGCUUCGCCGCGUGCCCGUGCAGAACCAGUUGACGCAGUCGAGCUCGCAACGGCCCGAAGUGGACGUUACGCAUUCGAGGCGAAACGACGACACGUUCGAGUACGGUAACAUGGAUCGUGGCGUUGUGGUCAUCCGGAUUGAGGACCACGAGGUUGUCGACUUCACAUCGGACACGAAGCAGGUCGACGUGACCAGCGUCAAGCUGUCGCAUGACGGGAAGAGCGUGCUGAUCAGCUGCAUGCCCGAUGAGCUGCAACUGUAUUCUCUCGAGGGCAGACUGCAACUCACGCGCAAGUUUAUUGGGCACGUCCACGCGAGGUACCAAAUCAAGAGCUGCUUUGGUGCUCCCAAGGACCGUUUUGUGCUCAGUGGGAGCGAGGACGGCCACGUGUACGUUUGGCAGAACAAUAACACGACGCCAAUCGAAGUUCUCUCUGGGCACACCGGGUCGGUCAAUGCCGUGGCGUGGAACCCGGUCCUUAGCCGCAAGCUCUUCGCGUCUUGCAGUGACGACCGCACCAUCCGCAUCUGGCAGCCACCGCUCCCCGAGGGUGAGGCGCAGGCUCCAACCGACGGUGACGAGGGUAUGGAGUUGUAG